AUGGUCAAUUCUUUAAGUGAUAGUUUCGAUAAUGGGGUCAAUCCCUAUUAUUUGCAUCAGUCUGAUAAUUCUGGUACGAUUUUGGUAACUCAGCUUCUUUCCAACGAUAACUUUCAUAGUUGGAAAAGGUCGACGAUGCUUGCUCUUUCUGCCAAAAACAAGAUUGGUUUCAUUGAUGGUUCGAUUACAGCUCCUGAUUCGUCCAUGGUAGAUCAAUACAACGCCUGGAUGCGAGCCAACAACUUAGUCAAUUCCUGGAUUCUCAAUUUCUUUUCCAAAGAUAUUGCUGCAAGCUUGCUUUAUCACACCAGUGCAGCCGAAAUGUGGAAGGAUUUGGUUGAUCGUUUUCAGCAGUCGAAUGGACCAAGAUUAUUCCAAUUGAAAAAGCGUUUGUGUGAGUUUAUGCAAGAUCAAAUGUCAGUAAGCCAUUACUAUACCCAAUUGAAGAACGUUUGGGAUGAACUAUUUUCAAUUCGGCAGUUGUGUAGUUGUCUUCAGUGCACUUGUGGAGUAGUGCAACGUAUGAUUGCUGAACAGCAGCAAGAAGAGGUGAUUCAGUUUCUAAUGGGGUUAAAUGAGUCUUAUGCUCAUAUCAGGGGGCAAAUUCUUUUAAUGGAUCAUCUUCCUUCCAUUUCAAAGGUGUUUACUUUGGUUGUUCAAGAAGAGAACCAAAGAAAUGUGCAAACUAUUCAUCCUAUUUCCGAGCCCACCUUUGCUGUCAAGGCUCGUCCUGGUGUUAGCGGUCGCAAGAACGGGCCUUUGUGUAGUCAUUGUAAUAUUCUUGGUCACACAAAGGACAAAUGUUAUAAAUUGAUACGAGAAGAAGAGGUGUCAAAGCAAAGAAAUACCUUAAGCUCUUGCCUUCGGUAA